AACGGACGUUGGAGCAAACACACGUUCACACACGCACACACAGAGGGGACCGUAACCCUGACACAACUCUGGCGUCUUUUCUCCUCUGAGGAAACUAAACGAGACUUCUGACAACUUACUGCUCGCAGUUUUAGUUCGUGUUUACGGAAAGUUGAAAGGGAAUACUGCCUUGUACUUUUUGUACGCCUGGAAGCUGAAGGAGAAAGAUUCCUUCGACUGAGCUGAACUGAAGGAACAGGAUGGCUUCAAACUCUAAACACCUGGAAUUACACUCGCUUUGAUAACCUCCCACAAAUCUCAAGAAACUUUAAAAAGAACUAAAAGCCUAAUUACUGAUUUGGAUCACAACUGAAAGACUGCCAUCAUGCCUAUUCUCAAGCAGUUAACGGGCAACUCCAACCAGUCAAAGAGGAGGUCAAGAGCUGACCUGACAGUUGAAAUGAUCAGCGCUCCUUUGGGGGACUUCCGUCACACCAUGCACGUUGGACGAGGUGGGGACGCCUUUGGAGACACUUCAUUUCUCAGCUCCCGAUCAGGGGAACCUCCAAGGGAGUCCCACACAAAGGAGGGCUCACCAGGUCCCAAACCAGGGUUUCUGUCCCGCACAUUCAGAAGCAGCAAGAGGUCCCAGUCUGUUAACAGAGUAGACAAGUAUGAGAACAUUACAACUCUGCCUUCUGCUGCCACAUCUCUGCCUUACCUGAACGCUGAAAGUUCAGACAUAGGCAACCAGCUGCCAAAAAGUGUCUCCUCCAGUCCUAUGAAGACGCUGGUGGAAAAUAAGCCGAUGAACGGAGGGGCAGCUAUGGCCACAGUGGACGCCGAGCUUGACGAACGGAACUUCGGUGAACUUAAAGACCUGCCUCCAUCCAUGCCAAAAGGAGGUGGGAUGAAAAAAGCAGAAUCCGUAAUGUCCUUCCACAUCGACUUGGGGCCUUCAAUGCUCGGGGAUAUCCUCAGCGUGAUGGAGAAGAAAAACUGGGAAGAGGAUGACCUUGGCUUUGAGGAAGGCAAAGGUAGUGAGGAGCAUGCAUCACCAUCCCACAUUCCUCACAUCGACGAUGACGACGCAGAGGACUGGGCACCUUCAAGACCACCUCGUAGUAAUUACCAGCUCCAGCAGAAGGUCAUGGCGGAUCCCUACGAUCCGGAGAUCAGCGAAUCAGAAAGGAACAACCACCACACGGAUAGCUGCUCUGUGUCCAGUUCUGGUUCUGAAAAACCUCAGUACAACCUCCAUGAUGGCGACACAAACAGUGUGAAGUACAGUUCGCCACACAGGGAUGAUGAUUUCGACUUCAUGGAUCAGGAGGAUGAUGAGAUUAGAGUCUAGAUUGAGCAGAAGUCUGUGCCAUGCAGACGAAACCAGAACUUAGGAGACCACCAUAGGAGGGGAUUACAGUCAGAGUCGAGAAGGUUUUUACUCACUGUAGAUCAGUCUAAUGUUAGAUCAGUUUUAUCAACACUAUAAAUAAAACCCAUUAAGUCUUCUUUCACUUUAUAGCAAGGAGACUGACAGCUAUUUUUUGAAAUGUUUGGAUUGGUUGAUGCUAUUUUUACCAGAUGUCAACUCAGAGUACAUUAUUUUUCACAAGUUUUAAAUGAUUAAGGAGAAGAUAAAUCAGCAGGGAAAAAUCACCCAUUUUAAAAGGAAGUAAAAGGUGGCGGAAAGAUUAGAGAGUGGACUGUGUGGAUGUGUUGUCAGUUCCAGUGAAUGUGGAGGUAAAGAAGAAAUGAAACGGAUAGGUUUGUAAUCCCAGCGGUUUGAAGGUGUAGACACUACAGAGAUAGAGUUAUUACUUUUGCUCAUGUCUGAGUUUGCUUUUCUUAAAUCAUUUUGUGUACAGUUACUAUAAGGAUGUCAGUUAAGCAUAGCCUCUUAUGUCUGAGGUGGGUUUAUUAUAUUUGCCUCCUUGCUAAAUUGAUCUGUCAGCUGUAAAAUAUUUUUUAAAUUGUUUUUGUAAGGGAUUGAUUUGAGAAGCAAAUGUGAACUUCGGAGUCUUAAAGGUUUUGAUGAAUUUGGUUGGGGAACUAUUUUGUGGUACUAUACUGUGAUCAAUCUCAAUGACGCUAAGAACUAAACUCAAGACACCGGAUUUUGUAUGCUGCGUCACUUCUGAAAUCAAAAUGCCUUUUCGCACAUCAGUUGGACUGUAUCAGCACAAGGAAGACACCUCAUCAAUUUCUGUGUACUCUCAUGAAACUGAUACUUAAAAUCGCUGUGCAACUUGGGGAUUCUGUAAAUUUUAGAGGGUUUUCUGUAUGUAUUCUCUUUUUUUUUUAAAUAUGCAGGAAUGGUGGAUUGUUUUUGAAGAUGUGUGAAUGUAUAAUUUGUCAUCAUCGGUACAUUGGCUCUCAAAAGCCUACAUCCCUUUUACAAUGCCAAGUUUUUGUAAUCUUGAUAGGUGAUCUCAAAACUUUUUCCACAUACAAUGUGGCAUCUUUCCUCUGUAAAAAAAAACAUUAAAAAAUGAAAUAGCCAAUCGAUUGACAUGCUUUGCUUUAUAAUUUCCAAAUUAUGGUUAAAAUGCAUGUAUGCCGUGACUAAAUGUCUCUAUUUAGUCACGGCUUUAGUUCAAACCUUCUAACUGUUUUAAUGAUUCUGAUAAAGGUCAACCAAGUGCUGGUCAUGUUUUUACAUGUGACAACAGUCUCCCUUAUUUUCCUUAUGUCUGGAAGAAGGAGUAGAGUUUAAACAAAUAAUUAUUUUCUUUUUUUGUUUUUAAAAAAACCCAUCAACAACCUUCUGGGAAAACUUUUUAUGUUCUACUUAAACAAAACUAAUUGUUUGCUCAGAUAUAUUUUCCUUAGUUGGAACUCUUUUUUUUUUUUUUUAUCCAUGCAUGUAGAUGGAUUUAUGAAUGGCCAGUAUUGGCUCAAAGCCUGCUAGAAAGCUGGAGAUUAGGAGGGAUUACAUUUUUCAGCAUCACAAUCUAAGCAUACAUUCAAAAAAACAAAAUGGUGGCUUUGCAAGAAGAAAAAUAAUGUUUUGGAAUGUUUUUGAGAUCAGAAUUAAAUCUCCAGGAAGGUACCACCUUAAAAGGGCAGUGGAUAAGUGAUAUCGCCCCAAUCUGGUGGAUUUGGAGAAAUUGUACAAAAUUAAGUUGGCAGAUAUUUUCCAGUCAAGAUGUGUGAUCUACCAAAGGAUGUUGAAACUAACUCAAAAACGUCUUCAGCACAGUAUUAGUUUUCAGGUUGCACACAUUUUUGUACAUGUCAUGCUGUUUCUCUUUGAUCUGAUUUUUGUUUGCAUAUGCAGGAUGACUGUUUGGCUAUAUGUGGAAAACGUUUUAAGUCAUCUGUCAAGAUGAACUUGUUUUAUAUUCCAUGUCCUGGCAUUUUAAUGGUGGGAUAGAGGGGGCUUUUGAGAGGAGCUGAAGUAUUAGGAGGUCAGUGGCUGCGAUUUUUACAGCCUGUGGCCUGUUUGUGAAAGCAGAAAGGAGACAGAAAAGUAAGUGUAGUGUUUAAGCACCGGUGAUUACCUGAAAGCCAUUUGCUAGGUCUCCAAGCAUUGAGAAGGGAACAUACUGUAUCUGCUGAACUGACCCCACCCCCAAAAAAGACUGACUUUCUCUCUUGAAGUCAAAUUACAAAUUAUGUAACCUACAAAUUACAUAAGUCGGUCCAAUUUGUCCAUUAAAAGUGUUGGAUUGCCUGCCCUCUUUAAAAGCUGGAACUGCUCCAGCAACAAACAGGUGGACGUUUUUUUUUUUAAUCUUGAGUUUUUUAUGUGUCAGGGUCUCUGCUGUACACUACAGCCAUAAAUUACCAAGUCGUACUUUCCUUUCCUACACCUGGGAGAAAUGUGACCCUUUUUUUUUAAUCUAAUUCUGCGUUAGAAAACUAAUUGCCACCUUUGACAAACAGGAGCUUUGAAUGUUCUGAUGAGGAACGGAUGCAGGUGUGCGUACAGAGAAUCGGGAUGCUGUGCCAUUCCGCCUCAAGUUGUUUCAAGAGUUGGAACAAGUAUGCUUCCAGAAGCCUCCAACUUUAAAGUUAUCUGCAGGAAAUUUCCAAGUGCGUUCAAGCUCAACUUCUGUAAGGUGUUUGAAUUUGAUAAAGACACUAAAAGUUUUGUUCCCCACAUCCCCACCGGAUUGGCUCAUAAUUGGCUCCGUAAAUCAAAUCUGUCAGGUUUUGGUUUUGUCGGAGAUGUGUCACUUAAAACGUCUCCUACACAAAAUGUGCAAUCCUCGCAAUGCCGUGUUGAAUUCCCGUAGAGGUAUCACAAUGCAGAGAGAACCAUUUUCUUCCAAAAAUUGCUUGGUUUGUCUUGUUCUCUUCAAACUGCUACCUUAACCUCACCAGUGUAGUUUAUAAAGACAGUUUUAGACAACAGAUGUUUGCGAACGUCCGUGCUAGGAAGCAAGCAGUGUAGAAAGGUGACUUCCGAUUCAGUUUUGGCAUAUUCAGUAUCAUGAAGCUUGUUCACUUCUUACCUGGGUCUAUCACCGUGGUAACUAGCAUGUUAUGUUUCCAGAUUAGAGAUCAACACCAUCAAAGCACCGCCUCGCAAACAAUCACUACACUGAGAAAGUGGAAAAAGCUGGUGUUGCUUGAACAUCCUCUCCUCUUAAAAUGCUUCCAUCAUUUCUUCUCCCAAAUAUGUUUCAGACAUAUCGCUGCCAAAUUUACACUUUUGUACCAUCUGAUAGAGAUUGAUUACUGUUGUUUGUUUUCGACUGAUGGUGAUUAGAAACUACUAUUCACUUGGUGGUACUUUGCCAGAGAAAAUAAAAAGUGCUAACCAAGAAAUUACCGAUUUUAACAGUGGAACAAAAAUUUAUAGUUCUUUUUGAUUUUUUCAGAUUAGUAUCAAUUUCGGACUAUUU